GCUCGCUGCACAGGAGAGAGGUGUCCGGUCGAUUCACCUCGUCAACGGUGUCCCGUCCCCAAUUGUAGGUCCACGAUGGGGCACUCUACAGACGCGUGUCAAGACAGCCAGUCUGCAUACGGACACAUUCACUGCACGUGCAGCCAAUCGGUGCUGUGCACGGAUACCCACCUGCAAAACACGGGACAGCCAGUUCGAUAGAUGAGCGCUCCGACACACUGAAAGGAAGCGGGUCAAAACACACGGAAGCAGGCUGUAGGUAGCUGACAUAACUAACCGCAAGACCACCUAUACCUACCUCUAACACCCAAUCGAUCGACAUCCAAAUGAUAAUCAAUCGGCCUUGAGCAGGUGGGUCCUCUCUCCCCCCCCGUCGCUGCCAGGGGUCGGUCCCAGCCCCUGCUGCUCCUGCUGCCCUGCAGUGCGACGCCUAAUCGACCCAGCGGCGCCACCAUCAUUAUCAUGAUGCAGAGGAUCGCUGCUGGGCGAGAGGGUGGUCCGCUGUGAUGAUGAAGUGGCGGAGGACGAGAUGCUCAACCAUGGCCGCACGCGGCGCCAGCCGCUGCACAAAGCCCUACACACACAGAGAGAAGGACAAGACGAGCAAGAUCUGCCCGGCUGCCUGCCUGUGUGCCCACCCGAUGAGCUGGGGGACCAGCGCGCGCUCCCUCUCUUGUUGCAGAAUGUCCAGACGUCUUGCCCGAUAGCUUCGCGUAUGUUCAAAGUGUAGCUGAAUUCUCUCAUCCUCCUUCUGCUCCCACUCCUGUGACCCUUCCUCAUACGGAUCUGACACACACGCACACACAGUGCCCCGUGGUUGUUUGUUGUCCUGUCUGUUCCUCCCUCCGCCCGCCACACGCACUGUGCCAUUCUGAACAUACACACAGAAGGAAAAGCAAUAGUCAGGCAUUCGGCUGCGUGUGUGUGUUUUUACAUACCGGGUCUCUCGGACGGAUUAGAACAGAUCCUCUCCUUCUCCUCGUCGCUGCACGCUCUCCACCAGGCUAAAGUGGCUGGCAUGCCAAGACCGGCAAGGAGGAAGAAGAAAGCAUGAACAUGUGUGUCUGUGCGUGGCUUCCCCGCCCACCUCUGUCCUCCUCCUCCUUGGCCCGCAUCUGACGUGCAAACUUCUCAUCGAACAGAAACAUUUUGACAGGAACGAAC